GGCAGAUCUACCCUGCUUUGCUGUGAGCUCUUCAAAUUGCGUACAUGUAACAAGAACCAAGCAGAAGUACAUAGGUGAUUAUUUUCAGCAAGCUACCUUCAACAGAAUGCGGAGCUAUACGGCUAGCAAUCCUGAUACCAGGUGUCUUCCAAGAUGAAGAACAUAAAACAGACACUUCCCCAAACACUUUUGCCUGAAAGUUUGGGUCCUAUUGUUCAUAACGAUAUUCCCAUCAACGCCAGCCUCCUGUCUCCUACCGUCGCCCGAUAUCGGUAUCCACAGGUCGCAGAUACAAAUGAAAAGAGAACACUCUCUCACAUAUUUGAAAAGAAGAAGAAGAAGAAGGAGAAGAAGAAGAAGAGGAAGAAGAAGAAGAAGAAGAAGAAGAAGAAGAAGAAGAAGAGAAGAACAAGGUAUAUCUACAUCAAUAUAUAUCCAACACAUAAACAAAUUGAAGAAGACAAAAGAGCUAUGGGUAUCUGAACAGAAUUUAAAAGAUGCACGAGACAUCAGCGAACAGAGCCAAGCAGAAAAAUAAACUAAAACCGACUGCUUGUAUACUAUUCACUCAUAGCAUUCUCCAUAUCCAACUGCGAUUAGCUGGUAUCUAAUUAUCAAAGCAGGUAUUAUGGGCAUAUCGCCGCCAUUGGUUGAUUGCCAGAUUGGCUCUAACGAUCGUCAAAGAGUUCGCCAGCUUUUAGCAACGCAUUCACCCCGUCAAAACCGGUUGCUUCAUUAGUAUGACAACUAAAUAGCGGCUCGUCUGCUGAGGUCAUUAUUACAUCGCCAUCGCUCGUCUCCUCGACUCUCAUGUGCUGCAAAGCCGAGGACGCAGUUUGGAAACCAUAUCCCUUAGGCCCUUGGUAUGGACCAAAGGCUGACCUCCCCCGCUCAACUGGACUAGCAACGU